AUGGUCCCUCGAGCUAGGUCCCUGGAGGACCCCUUCUCAGUUGUGCGUGGAGGAUGCGCGAGUGUUGCUGCAGUUGCACUUGGUUCGCAGCCAUUUCUCUCGUUGCACCAGCGACCGGUGGCAAGGUCUUUGCAAGGCUCUGGGCGCUCUUUGAUCGCCACUGCCUUUGCCAUAGGCAGCUAUGCAAGGUCUUGGGUUCUUCGAAAGCCUAACGAAUCUGAAGAUCCAGGAGGACCUGCGAAAAUAGCGGGAUUUGCGCAAACCAACGAACUUCAGGUCACAAGCCAACCAGCUGCAGCGCUCGAAUUGCCAGUCGUCGCCAAAUUUAUUGAUUCAACACGACAAGGGGAACUUUUGGUGCCUGCACCCUUGGGUGAUAUGGCCCUGGCAGCUACAUGCGACACAUUUGGACGUGUGGCUUUGUUUUGCUUGGAAACUCUCCGGUGCCUUCAUCUUUGGAAAGGCUACCGCGAUGCACAAGUUGCCUGGCUUGGAUGCGGAUGCCUUGGUCACAAUUUCCAAGGCCGGCGUUGGUCAUUUAUGCCCCGCGCCGGGGCUUGCUGGAGUUAUGGGAUUUGUGUUCUUGCUCUACGCCCCAGCGCAUUGGAGCUAGUUGCGUGGGCUCUGACUGCUUACUCCUCUCACAAGCCGGGCAAGCGCAUUUGGUUUGGCCGAAUGGAAAGCUUGAUCGAGUUGUUUGGCCACCUGGAACCUCGCUGUCCCCUACAAGCCGUUUUGACGACAGCGACGCGUUCGAUUCCGCAGACAGCGAUCAGGGCCAAUCAGAAGAGCAGGCAGACACACUUCGGCGGGCGCAAAAAUUGGGUCACUUCUGGAUGA